AUGCGACGGGAAUACAUUUAUCACCUCGAGGGGGGAAAUGUGAGUAGAAUGUGUGAAAAUGGGAAGGCUGUGGCCUAGCAUUUGUAAGGAAAUGAGAAUCAAACAGAUUGUGCUCAGAUGACACACACCCACACACACACACACAAACAAGAUGAGCAUUUUAGUUAUAUAGAUAAUUCAAAACUAACAAAACAUAUUACUUUUUUCAUCAAUUGUGAUCUUCAUCUGUAGGAUUGCCUGAACUAUAAAUUUUCUGUGAAAUGAAUUCAGAAAGAUUAAUGUCGGAGAACAGGAACAGCUUUAAUAAUAAAGCCAACUCUGCUAUAAUGACGAGGCAGCCAUCUCGAAUCCUUGUGGUGGAUGUUACACCUCCUUUCUGGGCAGACGUUUGCUCCAAUCUUUGUGAAUCCUUAGAAAACUUCUUUGCUUUAGCCUGCAGCUUGGGUGGGUCAUGCCGCCUGCCUCUCUUCAGUCUUUACGUGGUUCACAAUCAACAGGAAUGUCUUCUCCCUUUUGUGCAAGUGAAAGGAAAUUUUCCCAAGCUGCACUCAUGCAUAUCAGAACUGAGAUCAAUGCCAAAAGAAGGAUGUUUGCGUGAAAAGCCAGGCUCGUUAAAGCACGCUGUGGAGGAUGGCCUCUUACAGUUUAAGCAGUACAUGAGGCACGUGACUGUAGGUGGAUCACUGAAUAGCUGCACAGUGGAGAUUACAGUACUUACCAGCCAGCCUGGAAAACAAGUGGUGAAGCAGCUUGAAUCAGGUCUCAGCGAGACUGAUUUAGUCAGUGUUAGGCGCUUACAGGUACUGCAUGUAUCCAGAUGCAAUACAAUGGAAUUGAUGGACAUGCCUUGCAGCACACAGUCUGUCCCAUCUGAUGAAGAAAGCAACUCUGAUGAUUGCUCCAUCCUGGGGACAGAUAUCGACCUGCAGACAAUUGGAAAUGACACAGUCAGUCUGGAUAGUUUCUUCAAGAGUUGGUUGCACAACCAUGAAACAGAUAAGGAACAUCUCCAUUUGUUGCUUGCAGAUACACGUCUUCCCAGAUCUGCAGAGAGAAGUAAUCAAAGAAAUACAGCUUGCCUGAAAUGUGAUGUUCAGGAGCGAAUCAUCAGUCCUGCCCUCCUUCCUGGAUCUAUUGACUUCACUGAGAGAACCGAAAGUCUCAAAGACAUCCAAAAGAUUAACAAAGCAGCAAAUUCAGGAGCCCUCCAGUACAAACUCCAAGUUAUAAAAGCUCUGAAGUCAGAUGGUGUCUGUGAAUCCGUAUUGUAUGGGCUCCCACUUAUCAUCAGACCCACAAACUGCUGGAAGCUAGACUGGGAUGAAUUGGAAUCAAACCACCAAAACUUUCAUGCUCUCUGUCACACCUUGAAGAAAAGAGACUGGAUACUUCUCGCUCGUUCUGAACCUCAGGUUAUGGGAACUACAUGGUCUGUUCACGUUGACUGCUAUUACGUCAUACUGCCGUCGACCACUCUGACCCUCUUGGUGAGGCCAGUGGCGGUACAGGAGCUCCUUUUACCCUGUGACCUUCCUUUCAGAUUUGAAGAGCCGCCCGAAGCAGCCCUAAGUAAAAUAGAGGAGAUAUUGGAUGGACUUGAUGUAGAAUCGACAUAUAACCCAUUGAGACUGAAAAGUAAUCUGUAUAAGCAUCUCAGAGGAACUUUAGUUAAAACUCCCUAUCGUCAGCAACCAAAGCAAGUGCAACGAAGAGAACAACAUCAUCCUGAACAGCUGCACAGACAGCAACAACACAGGCCAAACCAGACUAAAAUGAAAGCUACAGUGGCUCCCCUCCCGUUAGUCCGUCAGCCCACCAAUCAGUCUAGGAACCUCAGACCUACAUUAUCUGUAAGCACCUGUUCUUAUAGAACAGCCACCUUUUCAGAUGAAGAUGAGUUUUUGUCAGGCUUAUGAUAUACUGUUUGCCUUGGCUUUUGUAAACCAGUAUUAAAGUGCUAGAACGUAAUUAAUGUUGAAAUCUGACUUACGGCUUGUACAAUGCAGAGUGAUAUGUUGUAUUUUAUGGACAGAAAUUAUAUUAUUUUCACAGCACUGGGUUACAUGACCAUUGGUAAAUGCUUCUGUUAAAGUUUUCAAUCACUGCUGAUCUUUAUGGAUUGAAUGUUAUCCAGUAUGGAUUGCCAGUCCCUGACUUGGUCAUCACAGUUAGAGAACAGGAAGGGUGUGAUUAGAGCCCCAAAAGAGUAUUCUAAUUACACACAAAUGUUGGAGAAACUCAGCGGGUGCAGCAGCAUCUAUGGAGCGAAGGAAAUGGGUGACGUUUCGGGCCGAAACCCUUCUUCA